AUGCCUCCUCCCAUUACUCCAUCAUUACUCCUCCUUCAUUCCAAGCCAUAUCCAUUACUCCAUCGUCCCUCCUCCUCAAUCCGAACACCACUAUCCAUUACUCCAUCCUGCCUCCUCCAAUUCCUCAAUCCGAGCCACUAUCCAUUACUCCAUCCCCUCUAUCCAUUACUCCAUCCUGCCUCCUCUCCAUUAAUCCAUCGUUCCACCUCUCCAUUACUCCAUCCUGCCUCCUCCAUUAAUCCAAUCCAACUAUCCAUUACUCCAUCGCGCCUCCUCCCAUUAUUCAAUCAUGUAAAGUCUCCAUUACUCCAUCCUUCCUCCUCCAUUAAUCAAUCCGAGCCUCCAUUACUCCAUUACUCCAUCCUGCCUCCUCCAUUCAAUCAAUCCGAUCCAUUAUCCAUUACCUCCAUUCCAUCCUCCUCCCAUUACUCCAUCCCUCUAUCCAUUACUCCAUCACCUCCUCCUCCAUUCCACCAUCCGAGCCGCCUAUCCAUUACUCCAUCCGUUAAUCCAUCCUCCAUUACUCCAUUCCUCAAUCCAGCCUCCUAUCCAUUACUCCAUCCUGCCUCCUCUCCAUUCCUCAAUCCAAGCCGCUAUCCAUUACUCCAUCGUGCCUCCUUCCACAAUCCAUUAAUAGAUCGUUCCUCCUCCUCCAUUAAUUCAUCAAUCCGAGCCUCUCCAUUACUCCAUCGUUCCUCAAUUAGCAUCCGAGCCAUCAGCUAUCCAUUACUCCAUCGUGCCUCCUCUCCAUUAAUCCAAUCCGUAAUGUCCUCCAUUAAUCCAUCUUGCCUCCUCCCAUUCCUCAAUCCGACCCCUCCAUCUCCAUUACCUCCUCCAUCGUUCCUCCAUUACUCCAUUGCCUCCUCCAAUUCCUCCUCUCCAUUAAUCCAUCGUGCCUCCUCCUCCAUUCCUCAAUCUUGCCUCUAUCCAUUACUCCAUCCACCUCCUCCUUCCUCCAUCGUUCCGCUAUCCAUUACUCCAUCCUGCCUCCUCUCAAUUCCUCAAUCCGAGCCUCUAUCCAUUACUCCAUCGUGCCUCCUCCAUUACUCAAUCCAUGUAAUACUAUCCAUUACUCCAUCCUAUCCUCCUCCAUCAUUACUCCUCCAUUACCCCUCUCCCAUUAAUCCAUCGUGCCUCCUCCAAUUCCACUCCAACGUGCCUCCAUUACUCCAUUGCCUCCUCCAAUUCCUACCCGAGCCUCUGUCCAUUAAUCCAUCGUGCCUCCUCCCCAUUACUCAAUCCAUUCCAUUACUCCAUUACCUCCUCCAAUUCCUUCAAUCCUCCUCUCCAUUACUCCAUCGUGCCUCCUCUCCAUUCCUCCAUCCGUGCCUCCUAUCCAUUACUCCAUCGUGCCUCCUCUCCAUUACUCCGAAUAGAUUAUCCAUUGCCUCCUCCUCCUCCAUUCCAUUCCAACCUAUCCAUUACUCCACCGUGCCUCCUCUCCAUUACCUCCAUCGUCCCCUUUCCCAUUACUCCAUCUCUGCCUCCUCCAUUCCUCAAUCCACCCUCCUCUCCAUUACUCCAUCGUUCCUCCUCUCCAUUUCCUCAAUCCAUCCAUUAAUCCAUCGUGCCUCAAUUCAUCCAUCCUCUCCAUUACUCCAUCGUGCCUCCUCCAUUACUCCACCCAUUACUCCUCUCCAUUACAUGUCGUUCCGCUAUCCCAUUACUCCAUCGUGCCUCCUCCCAUUAAUCAAUCCGAGCCUCCUAUCCAUUACUCCACCGUGCCUCCUCUCCAUUACUCAAUCCGAGCCGCUGUCCAUUGGAAUCAUUACUCCACCGUGCCUCCUCUAUCCAUUACUCCACCGUGCCUCCUCUCCAUUAAUCCAUCGUUCCGCCUCCAUUAUUCCACCGUGCCUCCUCUCCAUUAAUCCAUUACCCUAUCCAUUACUCCAUCGCGCCUCCUCCAAUUACCCCAAUCCGCCUCUCUCCAUUACUCCAUCGUGCCUCCUCCAUUCCAAUCCAAGCCGCUAUCCAUUCCUCCUGCCUCCUCUCAUUACAUCCAGCCGCCAUCCAUUAAUUCCAUCUCCACUCCACCAAUUCCUCCUCUAUCCAUUACUCCAUCGUGCCUCCUCCAUUAAUCAUCUUGCCCACUCCAUUAUCCAACCGCUCUCCACCGUGCCUCACAUCCAUUUCAAUCAGAGCCGCUAUCCAUUACUCCACCGUGCCUCCUUCUCCAUUAAUCCAUCCGCUAUCCAUUGCUCCCCAUUACUCCUUCUUCCGCCUCCUCUCCAUUUACUCCACCGUGCCUCUCCAUUACAAUCCGAGCCGCUAUCCAUUACUCCACCGUGCCUCCUCUCCAUUAAUCCAUCGUGCCUCCCUCCCCCAUUACUCCAUCGUGCCUCCUCUCCAAUCCACUCCAUUACUCCACCGUGCCUCUCCAUUACACCAUCGUUCCGCCUCUCCAUUACUCCACCGUGCCUCCUCUCCAUUAAUCCAUCCGUGCCUCUAUCCAUUACUCCACCGUGCCUCCUCUCCAUUACCGCCAUCCAUUCUCCAUCCUCUCCAUUACUCAACCGUGCCUCCUCUCCAUUAAUCCAUCCGCCUCCUCUCCUCCCUCUCCAUUACUCCACCGUGCCUCCUCCAAUCCAACUCCAUUACUCCACCGUCCAUUCUCCUCCUCCAUUAAUCCAGCCACCUCCUCCCAUUACUCCAUCCCCUCUAUCCAUUACUCCAUCCGUGCCUCCUCUCCAUUACUCCACCGUGCCUCCAACCUCCAUUACACCAAUCGUGCCUCCUAUCCAUUACUCCAUCGUGCCUCCUCUCCAUUCCAUCCGUGCCUCCUCUCCCAUUACUCCAAUCCUGCCUCCUCCAUUACUCCAUCGUGCCCUCCUCUCCAUUACUCCAUCGUGCCUCCCUCCCAUUAAUCCAAUCAAUCCUCUCCCAUUACUCCACCGUGCCUCCUCUCCAUUCCUCCAAUCCCCCCUCUCCAUUACUCCACCGUGCCUCCUCUCCAUUACUCCACCGUGCCUCCUCCCCAUUAAUCCACCGUGCCUCCUCUCCUCCAUUACUCAAUCCGCCCCUCCUCCAUUACAUCCAUCCACCACCGUUCCCUCCUCUCCAUUACUCCACGAACUCUCCUCCAAUUCCAUCCGAGCCGCUAUCCAUUACUCCACCGUGCCUCCUCUAUCCAUUACUCCCGCCCAUUGCCUCCGCCUCCUCCAUUCCACAAUCCGAGCCUCUAUCCAUUACUCCACCCUCUCCAUUACUCCAUCAAUCAAGCCACCUCCCCAUUACUCCACCGUGCCUCCUCUCCAUUACUCCACCGCUGCCAUCCUCCGAUGCCCAUUCCUCAAUCAUCUUGCCGCUCCAUUACUCCACCAUUACUCUCCCUUCACCAUCCGAGCCUCUAUCCAUUACUCCACCGUGCCUCCUUCCAUUAAUCCACUGUCCCUCCUCCAUCCAUUACUCCACCGCCCCCUCCAUUACAUCCAUUACUCCACUAUCCAUUACUCAAUCGUGCCUCCUCCAUUAAUCCACCGUGCCUCCUCUCCAUUACUCCACCGUGCCUCCUCCUCCAUUACUCACCAAUUCCUCCUCCAUCCAUUACCCACCGUCCUCCUCUCCAUUACUCCACCGUGCCGCUAUCUCCAUUACUCCACCGUGCCUCCUCCAAUUAAUUCGCCUCCUAUCCAUUACUCCACCGCCCCUCUCCAUUCCACCAAUCCAGCCGCUCUCCAUUACUCCACCGUGCCUCCUCUCCCAAACCGUAUCCAUUCCCAUUACUCCUUCGUGCCUCCUCUCCAUUUUCCAACCCUCCUCUCCAUCUCCAUUACUCCAUCCGUGCCUCCUUCUCCAUUACUCCACCGUGCCUCCUCCACCGUAUUAAUCCAAUCGUGCCUCCUCCCCAUUACUCCACCAGCCGCUAUCCAUUACUCCACCGUGCCUCCUUAUCCAUUACUCCACCGUCCCUCCUCCAUCCAUUACUCCAAUCCCUCCUCUCCAUUACUCCACCGUGCCUCCUCUCCAUUACUCCACCGUGCCUCCUCCAUUCCAUCCGAUUACUCCUCCUAUCCAUUACUCCACCGUGCCUCCUUCAAUCCAUUACCGCUCUCCAUUACUCCAUUCGCCUCCUCUCCAUUAAUCCAUCGUGCCUAUCCAUUACUCCACCGUGCCACCGUGCCUCCUUCCAUUAUCCAUCGUUCCUCCUCCAUUAUCCUCGCCUCUCCAUUCCUUCAAUCCGUGCCUCCUCCCCAUUACUCCACCGUGCCUCCUCUCCAUUACUCCACCGUUCCUCCAUUAUUCACGGUUGCCUCCUUCCGUCACAACCGCUCCUAUCCAUUACUCCACCGUGCCUCCUCUCCAAUAUUCCACUUGCCUCCUCCCAUUACUCCACCGUGCCUCCUCUCCAUUACACCAUCGUGCCGCUCUCCAUUACUCCACCGUGCCUCCUUCCAUCAUCCAUCGCUAUCCAUUACUCCACCGUGCCUCCUCUCAAUCCAUUAUCCAUUAUUCCGUGCCUCCUUCCAUUACAUAUCCAUCCAUUACCAUCCUCCGUGCCCAUCCUCUCAAUCAGCCCGCUCUCCAUUACUCCACCGUGCCUCCUUCAAUUACUCCACCGUGCCCAUUACUAUCCAACUCGUCCCAUUCCUUCAAUCAAGCCGCUAUCCAUUACUCCACCGUGCCUCCUCUCCAUUCAACUCCACCGCCAUCCUCCCACCGUGCCUCCUUCAAUCUCCACCGUGCCUCCAUUAUUCCACCGUGCCUCCUUCAAUCAUUAACCAUUGCCCAUCCCAUUACUCCUUCAAUGCCUCCCCAUUAUCCAUUACUCCACCGUCAGCCUCCUCUCCAUUAAUCCACCGUGCCUCCUCUCCAUUAUUCCACCGUGCCUCCUCCAUUCACCACCGCCUCCCAUUAUUCCACCAUGCCUCUCUCCUCACAACUCCUAUCCAUUACUCCACCGUGCCUCCUUCAAUUACUCCACCCCUCCCAUUACUCCACCCCGCUAUCCAUCCUUCCACCGUCCCUAUCCAUUAUUCCACCGUGCCUCCCUCCCAUUCCUCAAUCCGUGCCUCUAUCCAUUACUCCACCGUGCCUCCUCUCAAUCCAUUACUCCACUCGCCAUCCCCCACCAUUACCUUCCGUCCUCCUCUUAUCCAUUACUCCACCGUGCCUCCUUCUCCAUUACUCCAUCCAUUACCUCCACCGUCCCUCCUUCAAUCGUGCCUCCUCUCCCAUUACUCCACCGUGCCUCCUUCCAAUCAGAGCCGCUGUCCUUAUCCAUUAAUCCUCAAUCACUCCCGCUAUCCAUUACUCCACCGUGCCUUCAAUCUGGAGCCGCUACUCCAUUAUUCCACCUGCCUCCUUCAAUCACCUUUCCGCCUCCCAUUACUCCACCGUGCCUCCUCUCCAAUCCAUGUAAACCGCUAUCCAUUACUCCACCGUGCCCUCUCCAUUCUCCAUCACAGCCGCCUCUCCAUUACUCCACCGUGCCUCCCAUUCCUCCACAACCGCUAUCCAUUACUCCACCGUGCCUCCUUCAAUCCAUUACUCCAUUAUCCAUUCCCAUUACUCCACCGUGCCUCCUUCAAUCUGGAAUAUCCAUUCCUCCACCGAUUCCUUCAAUCAGCCCGCUUAUCCAUUACUCCACCGUGCCUCCUCUCAAUCACCGCGGUAUCCAUUAUUCCACCGUCCCUCCUCUUCAAUCACAUUAUCCAUUACCCACCGUGCCUCCUUCAUCCAUUACCCAACCGCCUCCUCUUUCCCUCCUUCAAUCCGAAUGCUAUCCAUUACUCCACCGUGCCUCCUUCAAUUCGAACUCCAUUACUCCACAUUACUCCACCGUGCCUCCUUCCAUUACUCCACCGUGCCUCCUAUCCAUUACUCUCCAUUCCUCCACCGUGCCUCUUAUCCAUCACUCCACCGUGCCAUUAUCCACCAUUACUCCCCGAUUCUCAAUCCGAGCCGCUAUCCAUUACUCCACCGUGCCUCCUUCAAUCACCGUAUUAUCCAUUAUUCCACCGUGCCUCCUUCAAUCCAUCCGAGCCGCUAUCCAUUACUCCACCGUGCCUCCUUCAAUCUAACUCCAUCCAUUACCACCGUGCCUCCUUCAAUCAUCCCCGCUAUCCAUUACUCCACCGUGCCUCCUUCUAUCCAUUCGCUGUCCAUUACUCCACGAUCCAUUAUCCUUCAAUCCUGCCCGCUAUCCAUUAUUCCACCGUGCCUCCUCCAAUCAUAACCGCUAUCCAUUACUCCACCGCUCCUCCAAUCCGAGCCGCUAUCCAUUACUCCACCGUGCCUCCUCUAUCCAGCCGCUUAUCCAUUACUCCGAGUCCUUCUCCUUCAAUCAUAGCCGCCUCCAUUACUCCAUCGUGCCUCCUUCCAAACGCUGUCCAUUACUCCACCGUGCCUCCUUCAAUCACAACCAUUAUUCCCAUUACGCCACCUCCUCUCCAUUACUCAAUCCGCCUCCUCUAUCCAUUACUUCCACCGUGCCUCCUCCUUCCAUCGUGCCUCCUCCACCCCAUGAACUCCCUCCUUCCAUUCCAGCCACGUCCAACUCCUUCCGAUUCCUCAAUCCACCGUGCGCUAUCCAUUACUCCACCGUGCCUCCUAUCCAAUCACAUUACCGCUCCCGCCUCCUCCUUCCAUUCCCACCGCUUAUCCAUUACUCCACCGUGCCUCCUUCCAACUCCAAGUGAAUUCCUUCAAUCCAUUACUCCACCGUGCCUCCACCAAUCCUCCUCUCUAUCCAUUACUCCACCGUGCCUCCUUCAAUCCAUUACUCCAUUACCCACCGUGCCUCCUCCAUCAAUCCAACCGCCUCCUCCAUUAUUCCACCGUGCCUCCUUCCAUCAGACCGUGCCAUCCAUUACUCCCGUGCCUCCUUAA